AUGGCGGGUGAUGAGGGUGUCGAGUUGACGGCAGAGGCGAUGCAGCUUUCCGAUGUCAGUAAAACUGUGGCUGGAGGAGGCUUUGUGUACUCACGCUUGGAUUGUAUUGGCAAGCAGAUUGGUGGUCUUGGCCUCCUUGCCGAGUACCCCUUCCUCCGACAUCUGGACCUGUCGCAGAACUGCAUUAAGGACGUGGCUCCUGUCGGCAAGCUGCAACAUGUGCUUUCGCUGAACCUGUCGUCCAAUGCCAUCUCAAAGUUGGACUGGACACCACAGGAGCUACCGCACCUGCUGUUCCUGGACAUGAGCAGCAAUCAGCUGGCAGAACUGCCGCAGCUGCACAUGCCGGCGCUGAGGCGUUGCGAUUUUCGUUUCAAUCGUAUCUCCACGUGUGCCGACUUUCAGGGACACUCGACCCUGCAGACACUGCGGCUUUCAUCGAACCAGCUGGCUUCUGCUGCUGGAUUGAACAAAAGCCCCAAGCUUGAGGUGCUGGAGUUGAGCGAAAACAUGCUCGCCGACCUCAACGACGUCUACAGGCUUCCGUGCUUGUCCACCUUGGACAUCUCCAAGAACAAGUUUGAAUCUCUAGUUGCUCCCUGGCAUGAGAUGGCAGCUUUGAAGGCCCUGGACGUGGCCGGCAAUGCCUUCGCGCAGGUGGAGUCCUUGAAGCCCCUGGAGGUGAUGGCAAGCCUGAGGAGCCUGACUGUGGCCGGCUGUCCUCUGGAAGAACAGGAUGGUGUAAAUAUGCGCCUGGAGAUUCUCAUCUUCCAGUGCCAGCUCCAGACAUUGAACGGUGAGGAGGCAGCCUGA